AUGAAGUCUAUCACCUCUCUGCCACAGGAGGUGGUGGCUCUCAUCCUCCAGAGCUGUGAUUCCUUCCGCCAGCUACGCGGCCUGAUUCUAACGUGCAAGCGGAUCCAUUUGACCUGGGAGCUCAACAAGCCCACAAUUCUCUGGCACGUUGGACGAGCCGAAAUCCCAGGUUGGACUGAUGCGAUCGGCGCGAUCCGGGCAACCCAGACUGCCAAAGAUGCCAUCCAAAAAGGAGAGCUCCCACCAGAUCCGUUUCCGGUCUCGGAUCUGAGUUGUGAGACCCGUUGGCCCUCCCUGGAGGAGCUGAAACAGGUACAGGGCCUACAAAAGCUCACCAGAUACCUGGAAAGUGAAAUGCUCGCAUCGGACGAGGAUCUGUUCAUUUCGAUGCCAGAUGACCAGUGCGACGCAGGGCCCAUUGAAUGGGCCCGUUUUGCGUGGAACAUUUGGCGAGAGGAGUUUUGUCGAGCCAUCUACCGUCAUCUGACUGCAGGUGCCAUCCUCUACCGAAUGUAUCUGGCUCCCCUUGUCUCGGGGGACCGACCUGCGGAUUUUCUCGCGGCCUUCAUCACAAUCAUGGAAAGCGGCGAAGACCUCGCCGACGUAACGAACGACUGUUUUGCAGAAAGUGACCGGAGAUAUCUCUCCACGGUUCCUGCGUAUCAGGUUCCGGACGGGACCCAGUCCGAGAAAGCCUUCCAGCCCCUGGAAGAUGUAUUUGUGGAGGAGAGCAGAAAGAGGGCACUCUUGGACCCGCCGAUGAGGCCUCCGCCGCCAGGUCGGAGAGGAGACGGGUCUCCGCCCCCGACGCUCUUCUCGACCUUUGGACAAUAUGCACCGAUCCAAAACCCGCAGUCCCUGGAGACCUCCCAUGCGGAGACUCUGUUCCACGAGAUUCUUCAAUUUAUUUUCCUGAUUGAACAGAGCCCACAGCAGUUCAUCUGGGACGCACCGCGAGAAAGGCAGGAGGAGUCCAAAGAACCCCCCGAGGAUAUUCCCGCUAUCUUCGCCAUCUUCUUCGGGUCUUUCGUCCCAUUACAGGUUACCGUCAGGGACGAGACCCAUGUGACCGCGACCGCAGCGCUGCCCAGACUUGCAAGCAAGACCCUCAAAGAAAGGAACUAUCUCGGGUUCCAGUACAUGGAGGACUUUCUUCCCCUCAUGGGGGCGGUGGGCGGCAUUCCCAACACCCAUGGGAACGGUCGAAGACUCCCAGACUCCCGGUUUUGUUUUGCCGAACACAUGCUUCGCAAGUUCUUUGGGCUUCGAUUUGCUGAUACAAUCUAUGAAUCGACCCUUGACAGCAUGUGCGCAUGGGAUGCGCUCACCCGUUAUGGUGGCGUCUUUACGAAUCGAGGGUUGCGUCCCUGGUAUCACGGGGCGGAUUUAUUCCAGUCAUCGGAUGACCCCAUCCCGACCCCGUAUUUCGAAAACGCUCUCGAGUAGUUGAUCGGCGAUCUAUCAGAAGGCUGAGCGGUUACUUCCCUGUUUGGUAUUGUGUCAGAUGACGAGUCAGGGAAACCAUUGCUCUUGCCGAUCAUUCCAUGGGUUAAAAAAAAUCGCGGUGGUAGGCAGCCUUACAUCUCGCCUACAGAUUCUUUUCCUCAAGAAAACGAUGGAAUGCGGAACAAAAUCUAAUCUAUACAUGGCCUCAUCUACGCAUUCGGUUUAUAUGAACUUCAAGCCUCUGUCACGAUUCAGGAAAGACCGUGAAUCUCCAUAGCAGGACGAGCCUCGGCGGAUGCAUGUACAAGGUCAAUGACUCUGGUGUGCGUCUUCAGGAAAUCCCCAAGUGGAGGAUGCAUGUCGAGGUAGAGUCCAUGCGAAGGUGGCGCUGCAUACUAGUCGACAUCGUGCUUUGAUGGGGAAUUGAUGGGGAUUGUCAUCCUUCCCCUUGCUGGGAGCCUAAUAUUGCCCAGAAA